ACACGGAAGAGAAAUACCUUGAGUCUGCCAUUGGACCGCGCUGUUGACCACACACAAAACAAUGGACGAAGCAUUCGAGGGUCGCGUCCUUGUCAUUGCUAACCGACUGCCCAUCACAAUCAAGGAGGUCUCAGAGGGCGACUUCGAAUACAAUAUUUCCUCUGGUGGCCUGGUAUCUGGGUUACGAAGCUUAGCAAAGGCCGUGGACUUCAAGUGGUUCGGUUGGCCUGGUAUAGAUAUCCAUCGCAACGAUAAAGACAAAGUUAGACACGACCUUGCGGACAAAUUCAAUGCGUAUCCCAUUUUCCUGCCUGAGGACCUUGCACAAAGGCAUUAUAACGGCUUCUCAAAUUCGGUACUAUGGCCCCUUUUGCAUCGAAUGCCCGAGAAGGUAGGCGCCGAGGAGAGUUGGUCCAAAGCGUACCAGGAAGUGAACGAGAUCUUUGCCGACAAUAUUGUUCCCUAUGUCGAGGACGGCGACAUCGUCUGGGUCCACGACUACCAUCUUUUGCUUCUUCCAGGUAUUCUGCGAGCGCGGCUAGGCAAGAAAAAGAAUCUCCGCAUCGGCUUCUUUCUGCACACACCGUUUCCGACGGAUGACUUCUUCACCAUUCUCCCGUUCCGCGAGGAGAUUUGUCAAAGCUUGUUGCUCUGCGACGUGGUUGGCUUCCAUACGCAGGAAUAUGCUAGGGACUUCUUGGACAGUGCGUCCGUUGUGCUAGAGGGGGUUUCGAGAUCGCCGAGCGACCUACACUGGGAUGGCAGAAAAGUCAUUGUCCACGGGUUUCCAAUCGGAAUCGAACCUGGAGAUUUCCGGGAGAAAAUGGAGUCGGACGCUGUUAAACAAGAACUCGACGGACUCAAGAACCAAUUCAAAGGGCAAAAGAUCCUUCUUGGAGUCGACCGGCUGGACUACAUCAAGGGCAUACCCCAGAAAUUAAGAGCGUUCGACAGAUUCCUGACGGAGCAUAAGGAAUGGCUGGGCAAGGUGGUCCUGAUUCAAUUGGCCAUCCCAACACGGCCUGACGUGGUCACUUACCAGAGGCUGAGAGAGGAAGUCGAGUCACUGGUCGGCCACAUCAAUGGCAAGCACGGAACUUUCUCUCACACCCCCAUUCACUAUCUCUACAGAUCGAUCAAGCCGGAACAACUAUGUGCGCUGUACGCCGCCUCAGACGUUUGUAUCAUCUCCUCGAUUCGUGAUGGCCUCAAUAUGGUGAGCUACGAGUACAUUGCAUGUCAGAACAAGGAGACGGCCGGCACGCUCAUGAUGUCGUACUACGCUGGUGCCGUCAAGACCCUACCCUCCUGCAUCGUCAUCAAUCCUUGGGACAUACCCAGAUUUGCAAACACAAUACGGGACGUGUUGGACAUGCCCCAGGAAGAGCGGAGGCAGCGGUACACGGAAAAUGCACAUGUUGUCGACACAUAUACCAGUGUCCGAUGGGGUACAUCCUUCCUCAAUACCUGCUACAAGAUGGAGCUGCCGAAACAGACGGAUGGGGGUACUCCAGAAGAGCGCAAUAACCCGGAUGACGAUCGCGCACUCAAGUCAGCGCACCUCAUGCAGAAAAGUCGGAGUGGGGAGUCCACUCCGAGGGAGUUCAUGUAAACCGAGGAGGUUAUAUGCUCGGGUGCAUUUUUGGAAUUUGCUACUUUUCAUUGCAGCUCAUUAGCGGACGGAGAAUCAUUGGCAUUUGAGACCUCUUUCGCGGUCGAUCAUAGCAUAACCAGUGAAUACAGGUCACAAGCGUCAGCGUGCUCAAACCUGGAGCGCCAAACCCGCUGUCAUGCAGGGAAGUGGUUACAAGGGUGGUCACAAUGAUCUUGAUCCGUGGACGGCAGUAGCCUUCCUAGGUAGUCAGUACCUCACAACGCUGCGAUCUUGUACCUGGUGCACAUUGGCCCUUGUUGGCCGUUGUCGGCAGAGGGCCGUCCGGACUUUGUCAGCUGCUAUGAAGAACGGGGCUGCUCCAUUCAAUAACUCAGUAUGGAUUGACAGGCCGCAGCACACGUGAUAGGACACAGGAGGAGCCGGCAAUCUGGAUUGUGCAAGAA